CGCGCGCGCGCGCCUGCCUCGCCUCCCUCGCUCGCUCCGGUGCUACGUGCUUUCUUUGUCAAUGAGGCGCCGCUCUGAGCUGCAGUAACACUCGCGGCUGUAGCCUGAGCACAGCGAUCCGGUGAACCGGCAGGGACCUAGACCUGGGCGUAGGGGCGGCGGCGAGCGGCACACUGUACGAGCUAGGGCCGCGGGUUUCCGCGCCUUGCAGCCUCACUCUUGAGGUGCAGCAUCCCGCCCCGGGGAGGGGACCUGGGCGCCGCCCGUCCCACCCUCGCCGCACCGUGGGAACCCCAUGCGGCCCCGGUCUCUGCGCGCGUGAAGCCGCGGCGCCGUUAAGCCCGCCUCGGACCGAGGCUGGACGAGCGAGCAGCUCACACCUCCCGCCUCCCUCCUACACUCGGGCCAUGGCCGGAGAUGCCCGGUGAGGAGCGGUGCGCGGAGGGCUGGGCUCCCUGGCGCGGUGUGGAACGAGGCAGCGGCCUGGAUGUGUGAGCGGUCCCUAUGGCUCCGCAGGAGGCGAAGCCCCAGGGCCCGAGCAAAGCUGGGCCGGCGUUGCGGGAGCCCACGGACCGGCCCCAGGAGCAAGGGCUUUGCCAUGCAGGCGGGAUCGCCGCGCGCUGCCAGGGCGUGAGGAGCUCCGGGGCUGGUGGGUCCAAGGAUGUGCUGCCGCUACCGCCGCUGCUGCUGGGACUCUUGCUGCUGGCUGCCCUCCCCGGGCACUGCCGAGCCGACUCGGGGACAGACAAUCUACAGAUACACGUCACUCCGACCUCAGAGUCCUUUCCCCUCGGGAAAUUGUUACCGAUUUCACCAACAUGGCCUUUCCUGGAAGUCAAGUCUUCCUCAGCAGCAGACAAAAUCAAGGAUGUGCUGGGACAGCCUCCUGACAACACAAGCUUGCUGCAGUUGCCCCAGACACCUCUGCCCAAGGCACACCGUAGAACCAGGGCUCAUGUGGACUUCUCUUCAUCCCUUUACCAAGGAAGUGGACAUAGCGCCUCCCUGGAUCUUGCCAAGGACUCCACUGAAACUCUGGUCCAAACAAGGCCUGAAGGGGGAAGAGAAGCAGCGGACAUGUCAGGUUUGGCUCGCACCAGCAUGCUUUCCCCAUUGCCUCCAGCCCCAUCAGCCACCUCGAGUGCAACCUCCCCAUCACAGCCUCCUUCCCUAUCAAAGCAUCCCUUGAGGUCAGAGAGCCGUCCACUCCUCCCUCCAUUGUCAUCACCCUCAUUGGCCCCUCCUUCACCUCAUUCCAUCACCCCUCCUAAGCCUACAGGGCAGCGCCCCGAAGUGCCUUUGUUUCCCCAAAUCACACCAGCUGAUUCCUCUUCAGCUCAGAGCCCAGCUGAUGUCCUGAACCCAUUUACUCACAAAACAAACCUCUUUCCAUCCAGAAAUGCCCAGACUGUCAUAGGUACCCCUCCUCUAAACUCCCUCACCCCUUUGACAAAACAGUACUCUAAGUUUUCACCACCAGGGAGUGCCCGCUCAGCAGCUUCCCCCGCUCCUGGGGUUCUGAGCUCCAUAGCAGACCUGGACCACCUGUCUGUCCCUUCCCUAGCCCCAGGAGGCCUCCCAGAUGGGACCUCCUCAUGGUCCACGUUGGAAGAGGCUUCAAGUCUUACGUCCACCCAGCCAGUCCACACAGCGGGGGCCGUCAGAGGGCACAGUGGGGUCUCCUUGCCGGUUUAUCUGCGCACAGCGGCAGCAAGCUAUGAGACCUGGCCUCCACGUUUCCAGACCGUAGAGUCAGCGAUGACCACCAUCAGAGAGCCAGCCCCUGUUCCUCCUACGAAUAGCUCCGCCAAGCGGCCACAUUUGUCAGAGGCUCCAGGGAAUUCCAGAAAGCCUACCCUCUUUCCUGCAAAUGCCCCUUCCUCUUUGGUGCCUCCUCCUCCUCUGCCUCUCACCACACCCAGUCAAAGGCAAAUGGUCCCUUCCGAGGCAGCUCCUGGGUCAGCACUGAAGGGGACAGGUGCCCCUCCCUCCCUACUUACUGUCCUCCAGCCCAAUAAAGAUGGUGCCUCUCCAGCCCCUGUGCCAGAGGCACUCGCUUCCUGGGAAGAUGGACACAAUGGGUACCGUCCCGAUGUAGCCAUGCACCUCCUCUCAAGCAGACUUCCAAAUCUUCCUCCUACAAUUUGGACAUUUCCCGAGCAAGAGGAGGGCAGGGCCACAGCCGCUUUCAGAAAAACUGGAAAGGCAGAUGGGACAGUUCCUCUGUGGGCUCAUCCAGCUAAUGAGGACCCCAGUCUCCGUGCAGUGAGUGGAUUCACCUCUGAUGCUAACACAGGUUCACCUAUCAUCACAGCAGCACUAAGAGCAGACCUCUCUCCUUCAGGGUCUUCUCCAUCAACCCUGCUCACCACACAAACCCCUCAGGCAGGCCCUCCUCCUUCUCCUCCCCCUCCCCCUGCCUCUUCCAGAACCAAGCUGCAGACUCUCACAGCUGUCACUAGCCUGUCGGGGUUGCCAGCUUCAGCUUCCAAACAGGUGACAGUGUUUCUCUCCUCCACCGAUGCCGCCUAUGAUUUCCCAACAAUGGGAGGCGCGAGGAAGCCAGCAGCCACAGAUGUUCUCCAGAGCUCUCUUCCAGCAGAAACCGCACCCCUCCCCACACAAUCUAUGACGGUAUCUGGCUUGCGGCAUCGGCAAGAGGAUGAUGACAUAAACACUCACACAACCGACUCCACACGUUGGGAGCCUCAUCCAGCCUCAGCAACUCAUCCCAGCGCUACAACUUCAGCAGCCAAUGUGCCGCAGUCUCAGAAUUUCAAAGAGAUCGCUGGGCAGUUGGUGGCUGCAGGCAGCUUUAACUCCCAGGAUCUAGUUCUUAGUCAAAGUGCCAACCAGCCCCUCCAACUGUCCUCAGAAGAGGCCAUAGUUGAAAGCCACACAGACCUCCGGCCCACAAGCAAGCAUGUCACAGACUUUGACACAGCAGUGGUUGAUUAUUACGCAUCCACAAGCCAUCGUCCUAUGUCGCAGCUGCCUAUCCGGCCCGCCCAUCCUUUUUGGCCAACCUGGCCGAGUGUAUCUUCUGCAGCUAGCUUGCAGCAAAUGCUCUCGGAUGGAGUAGACACAGGUUCUCAAAUUUCCAGUGACAUUUAUCUAUCACUGGAGAAAAAUGGCUCCCCACAGUUCCAGAAAGUCCUGGAAUAUCACCCAUCCACAGACUCGCCUUCAAUAUCAACUGGUGCCUUUCCCAGGACCCCCUCCAAAGUGCCGCGAACUUCUCGGCGUCCCAAGAAAUGGACAGCGGAAACCUCAGUGUCAUCCAAGGGAGAAUUGACAGCAACAGCGGCAGCCGCCGCCACCGCCAUUUUGUUUCUGAGGAAAUCAAGUCCAGAACCAUUGUCUGCAGCCCUCACUGCUAAGGGCACUGAUGGCGGCCGCACCAGCUUAGCUAAGAGCAGCUUGACCACUGCUCUAGCUAAAAAUGUCACCAACAAGGUAGCAUCAGGCCCAAAGGUGACAGCAGGGACAGUCCACACAGCCUUUCCAUUCACACCAACCUACAUGCUUGCCCGGACAGCACACAGCAUGAGCACACACACAGCCAUGCAAGGGACCACAGGCUCUGCGUCAGGCCUGUUGUCUACAACACACCUCCCCAAGAGACCACAAGCCAUGCACACUGGCCUCCCCAAUCCCACCAGGCCAGACACACCCCGAGCAUCCACGCCCCGCCCACUGACAAUCACAGCUGCGCUGACAUCCAUGACAGCAUCGGUAAAGGCCACGAGACUGCCAUCUCUGCAGACAGGAAACACAGAUGCUGCUUUUCCGGCUGUGUCUACUGCAAUGGUCACAACUGGCAGAUUGGCAUCCAACUUGGAGUGUCAGCUGUCCCACAGGUUCCUUGUGAAGACAGUUUUCUUCCUAACCCAGAGGAGACUGCAGAGCAGCGAGUCCUUGAAGCUUGGUGUAACCAAAGGGCUCACACAGGCGUUGCGGAAGGCUUUCCAUCAGAGUGAUGUCUCCGCUCACGUGGACACCCUGGAAUACUCUCAUAACAUCACAGUUGGCUAUUACGCGACCAAAGGGAGGCUGGUGUACCUGCCUGUGGUGGUGAUGGACCUGCUGGGUGUGUAUGGCGUCAGCAACGUCACAGCCGACCUGAAGCAGCACACUCCCAACUUACAGUCUGUGGCGGUUCUCGCCUCCCCGUGGAAGCCCCAGCCUGCAGGUGCCUUCCAGCUGAAGACAGUGUUGCAGUUUGUGAGCCAGUCAGACAACAUACAGUCUUGCAAGUUUGCCCAGACGAUGGAGCAGAGGCUGCAGAAGGCAUUCCAGGAUGCAGAGAAGAAGGUGCUCAACAGCAGGAGCAACCUGACAGUUCAGAUCGUGAGCACGUCCAAUGCCUCCCAAGCCGUCACACUGGUGUAUGCUGUGGGCAAUCAGAGCUCGUUCCUCAACGGCACCGUGGCCAGCAGCCUCCUUAGCCAGCUCUCAGCUGAGCUGGUGGGAUUCUACCUCACUUACCCUCCACUCACCAUCGCUGAACCCCUGGAAUAUCCUAACCUCGAUACAUCAGAGACUACGAGAGACUACUGGGUCAUCACAGUGCUGCAGGGUGUGGACAACUCGCUGGUGGGGCUCCACAACCAGAGCUUUGCCCGAGUCAUGGAGCAGCGCCUGGCCCAGCUGUUCAUGAUGUCCCAGCAACAGGGUCGGCGGUUUAAACGGGCCACCACCUUGGGAAGCUACACUGUGCAGAUGGUAAAGAUGCAGCGAGUGCCAGGACCAAAGGACCCAGCAGAGCUGACGUACUACACUCUGUACAAUGGGAAGCCAUUGCUGGGGACUGCAGCAGCCAAGAUCCUGAGCACCAUUGACUCCCAGAGGAUGGCCUUGACCCUGCAUCACGUUGUGCUUCUACAAGCUGACCCUGUAGUGAAGAAUCCCCCCAACAACCUGUGGAUCAUCGCCGCGGUGCUGGCACCCAUCGCCGUGGUCACUGUCAUCAUCAUCAUCAUCACCGCUGUGCUUUGUAGGAAAAACAAGAACGACUUCAAGCCGGACACCAUGAUAAACCUGCCUCAGAGAGCAAAGCCCGUGCAAGGCUUUGACUAUGCCAAGCAGCAUCUGGGCCAGCAAGGGGCGGAUGAGGAGGUCAUCCCUGUGACUCAGGAAACGGUAGUCCUCCCCAUACCUGUCAGAGAUACUCCACAGGAAAGAGACACGGCUCAGGAUGGCAGCACCAUCAAGACAGCUAAGUCCACGGAAACCAGAAAGAGCAGGUCGCCCAGUGAGAAUGGCUCUGUCAUCAGCCACGAAUCAGGGAAGCCCAGCUCAGGGAGGCGCUCCCCUCAGAAUGGAAUGACACAGCAGAAAGUGACAAAGGAGGAGACCAGGAAGAGAACGGUGACAGCAAGUGAUGAAGAGGAGGGAGCGGGUCUCUUUGACAGUGCUGGCAAGGUGGCAGCAGACGCCUUUGACACAUCUUCUGGAUCCGUGCAGCUCAUCGCUAUCAAACCGUCAGCUCUGCCAGUCAUGCACCCUGCCUCAGACAGGGGCCAGGAGUCCUCAACAGCACUCAAUGGGGAGGUGAACAAGGCUCUGAAGCAGAAAUCAGACAUUGAGCACUACCGGAACAAGCUGCGCCUGAAAGCCAAGAGGAAGGGGUAUUACGACUUCCCCCCAGUGGAAACAAGCAAAGGCCUGACAGAAAGGAAAAAGAUGUAUGAGAAAGCCCCAAAGGAAAUGGAGCAUGUUUUGGACCCAGAUCCAGAACUGUGUGCUCCCUUUGCAGAAUCUAAAAACAGGCAACAGAUGAAGAACUCUGUCUACCGAAGCCGGCAGUCUCUGAAUAGCCCGAGUCCGGGAGAAACAGAGAUGGACCUUCUGGUCACACGGGAGCGACCCCGGCGUGGAAUCCGAAACAGCGGAUACGAUACUGAGCCUGAGAUCAUAGAGGAAACCAAUGUUGACAGAGUCCAUGAGCCCCGGGGCUACGGCAGAGCCCGGCAGGUGAAGGGCCAUUCAGAGACCUCCACACUGAGCUCGCAACCUUCCAUCGACGAAGUCCGGCAACAGAUGCACAUGCUUCUGGAAGAGGCUUUCAGCCUGGCCUCGGCUGGCCACGCAGGCCAAAGCCGGCACCAGGAGGCCUACGGCUCUACUCAGCACCUGCCAUACUCAGAGGUGGUGACCAGUGCUCCAGGGACCAUGACAAGGCCCAGAACUGGAGUGCAGUGGGUGCCCACCUACCGACCAGAAAUGUACCAGUACAGUCUGCCCCGGCCGGCUUACAGGUUUUCCCAGCUUCCUGAAAUGGUCAUGGGAUCUCCCCCACCACCUGUACCUCCCCGGACAGGCCCUGUGGCUGUGGCUUCCCUCAGGCGGUCCACCUCGGAUAUCGGCAGCAAGACCCGGAUGGCGGAGUCCACGGGACCUGAGCCCUCCCAGUUGCAUGAGAGUGCCUCAUUCGCCCAGGUGUCCAGAGGUCCCGUGUCAGUAACACAGUUGGAUCAAUCGGCUUUAAACUACUCAGGUAACACGGUGCCGGCGGUGUUUGCCAUCCCAGCUGCCAACAGACCCGGCUUCACUGGCUACUUCAUCCCAACACCUCCCUCAUCCUACAGGAGUCAGGCCUGGAUGUCCUAUGCAGGAGAGAAUGAGCUCCCGAGCCAGUGGGCUGAUUCGGUCCCUCUUCCUGGGUACAUCGAGGCCUACCCCCGGUCACGUUAUCCACAAAGCUCACCCUCCAGGCUCCCUCGCCAGUAUAGCCAGCCAACCAACCUCCACCCCAGCCUAGAGCAGGCCCCUGGCCCCUCCGCAGCUGCCUCACAGCAGAGCUUGACAGAAAACGAGCCUCCAGAUGCUCCGUUGACUAACAUCUCCACUGCAGCCCUCGUGAAGGCCAUCCGGGAAGAAGUAGCCAAGUUGGCCAAGAAGCAAACAGACAUGUUUGAGUUCCAGGUCUAACACCUCAACCCUGAGGGAGUCUGUACUUGGAGACUGUGAGGCGGCAAGCAGGCUUUGGGUUCUCCAGACAAUAGACAAUGUAUGGAUCUUUCUCACCCCCAGAUUCUAAAAAAAAAAAAAAAAAGUCAACAGUGGGCCUGCUGGGAAACAGAAGCUUGUGAACAACUGAAUUCUGCCUUCUGCAGCCAAGUGUGGGUCAACAAAUCCCUAACUGGGACGCUGUGUUUGGUAUUCUCUUUGGCUGAAUGUUUGAACCAUGGGUGGAGUUUCCCUAAGGAGCCCUGCUCCUGAGAGGCACCACCUAGCCUGCAGGUUCCUGUCCAGUGUCCAUUUUUAUAAAAUCACCAGAAGAGAGAGAAUGCUGCUCUGUCUUCAGUGACCUCUGCAUGUUCUCUUUCUGUGUUAAAGGCAACACAGGAGUCUGAUUAACAACCAGACUGUACUCUCUCAUUGAGCCAUGACGGUGGUUGCUUUAAAAAAUCACCUCUAGUCUGUAAGGGAGAUACUGACUCUCCAGCCAAGAAACUCAAGUCUCUUUGCUUUUAAAGGCUCAUGUUCAAAGUCAAAUGAGUUGGAUGGAAAUCAGUUCCAAUGGCUGUGCCUAUAAAUAGUUCUGACUCCUUCUUCCCCCACCUGUUAAUUAAUGGCCAAGAAAGAGAGACGAUGAGCCAGAAUGGUGGACUUGGGUUGACAGGCUGUUUAAAGGGUGUUGUCUGUUUGGAAAUAGAGUCUCCCGCAAAUUGGGGUCCAAAAAAAAG